GGGUUCCGGUGUGCUGGCUUCACCUGCCUGCACCCGCUCACCUGCUGGGCUCCCUGAGCGCCUUGGGGUGGUGGGAGGCGCUGGAAUCCCCACUGUGCAGGUAAGGCCUGGCGAUAAGGGGCUGCUAUGGGGGGGCAGGACUGGCUUCCCAGGGGGCCCUCGGGUUCUGCGGCCGCCCCGUCCUGUCCUUUGUUCCUCCCUUGGCUGGGCUCACAGCCCCUGGGUGAUGACAGAGGGUCCCCUGGACACCCACAAGCUCUGCAGAGAAGCCGGCCCCUGGGAAAUACACAGGAGGCCUGGGGAGGAGGUGUCUGUAGAGACCAGCAUCAUGCUCACGGGAAGGUGCCGCCCCGCCAGCCCCACUCUGUCUCACGCUGUGGUCUUGGAGAAGUCGCUGCCUCCUCUGGGCCUCAGUUUUCCCAUCUGUAAAAUAAGCCUUCGUGGCCGGGCGCGGUGGCUCAUGCCUGCAGUCCUAGUACUUUGGGAGGCCGAGGUGGGCGGAUCACAAGGUCAAGAAAUUGAUACCAUCCUGGCCAACAUACUGAAACCCUGUCUCUACUAAAAAUACAAAAACUUAGCUGGGCGUGGUGGCUCACGCCUGUAAUCCUAGCUAUUCGGGAGGCUGAGGCAGGAGAAUCGCUUGAACCUGGGAGGCAGAGGCUGCAGUGAGCUGAGAUCGUGCCACUGCACUCCAGCCUGGGCGACAGAGCGAGACUCUGUCUCAAAUAAAAUAAAAUAGGCCUUCGGAGCCCUGAGUGGGAGGCCAGCCUCAGCCUGGGCGUGGGACGUCUCCACAGUGCCCCCAGCUCAUGGGCGAUCCAGCCUCCACCCUGCUGGGGCCUCAGUUUUCCCCAAUGAGGUGGUGAGUGUGGUGGAGAGCACUGAUGAGGGAAGUCAGGUUCCAGUUCCAGCCUAACCCCCCGCCAUUCCUGGGGCGCGAUUUUAAGCUUUCUGUACCUCCGUUUCCCUAUCUACAAGCCAGGGAGAAAAGGACAUGAAGGGGGUGGCGGGAGGCGGCGGUGGGAGGCGCCGUGAGGCCGCGCACCCUGAGCUUUCACACACCCAGCAGCGUUAGGUGCCACGCUGUCCUUUGGGGGCCCUUUAUCCAGAUUUGUCCUUAAACACCCCCAUCCUGGCCAGGCGCCGUGGCUCACGCCUGUAAUCCCAGCACUUUGGAAGGCUGAGGCGGGGGCAUCACCUGAGGUCAGGAGUUCGAGACCAGCCUGGCUAACGUGGCAAAACCCUGUCUCUACUAAAAAUACAAAAUUAGCUGGGCGUGGUGGCUCAUGCCAGUAAUCCCAGCUACUCGGGAAGCUGAGGCAGGAGAAUUGCUUGAACAGGGGAGGUUGCCGUGAGCCGAGAUCGCGCCACUGCACUCCAGCCUGGGUGACAAGAGCGAGACUCCGUCUCAAAAAAAAAAAACACAAAAAAAGCACCCCCCUCCUGAGCAGCCCUGCUGGAUUCGGAGCUGGGGGCCUUUUUACUCGAAGAAGAGACUGAGGUUCAGAGGGGCUCCAUAAGCAGCCCCUCUGGCGUAGGUCAGGACAGAGCCCCAGCCUGGGGAACUGAAGUCCCCGCCCCCUCGGCUGUGUUCCCUGCCCUCAUAGACGGCGCUAGGCCCAGUGGCCCGACUUCCCCACAGAUGCUGGGCUCCCCACAGUCCCAGCAAGGCCUCUGCACCUUGACUAAGAAUCCAGGAGGACCAUGGGCGCCUGAGGGCCUCUGCGUCCCCAUCUCUCGGGGUGGCCUGGGUCUUUUGAUGGCCUCGUGCGGUUCUUUUUUUUUUUUUUGAGUUGGAGUUUUGCUCUUGUCGCCCAAGCUGGAGUGCAGUGGUGUGAUCUCGGCUCACUGCAACCUCCAACUCCUGGGUUCAAGUGAUUCUUCUGCCUCAGCCUCCCAAGUAGCUGGGAUUAUAACAGUGUGCCACCAUACCCCACUAAAUUUUGUAUUUUUAGUAGAGAUGGGGUUUCGCCAUGUUGGCCAGGCUGGUCUCGAACUCCUGGCCUCAAGUGAUCCGCCAGCCUAGGCCUCCCAAAGUGCUGGGAUUACAGGUGUGAGCCACCAAGUCCGGCCCCCUCGUAUGGUUUUUUAUGUGGAUGGGGCCUAGGGAAUUCCUCCCAGCAGCCCUGAGGGAGCACGGGCGUGAUGUUCCCCCACGUCCCGGAGGAGAAAACAGGGCUAAGAGAGGUCAGGUGGGAUCAGAACCCAGGCCACACCAAACCCCCCAGAGUCUGCCAAACCUGGUUUAUGCAAGAAGGGGGCCAUCUAGGGGAGUCGCCCCAAGGGGUGGGCUGGGCCAGAAGGCACGGACGGGAUUGGGACUCAGCCCCUCCGACCCCCCAGGAGACACAGGCCACUGUGGACGCUGAGCUGCUGUGUGGCCCUGGACACCUGCUGACCCUCUCUGAGCGGUGCUGAGAGGCGGUGGGAGGGCCAGGCAGCCAAGGGAGGUUUCCGCUGAGUUCUGGCUUCUCGGGGCCGCCUGGAGGCCCUGGCGGCGGAGGGGCAGCCGGCAGCGGGCACGGUGCCCGCCCUUGCCCAGCCUGGUAUCCUCUUUCUCCCUCCUCCUCCUCUGGACUUUGUUUCCUGAUCCCAGGUGGGGCUGGGGGGAGGGGGCACACCUGCCUCCCCUGGGUGGGGCCUCUGUCCCCUGGCAACCUGGCGGGCAGGGCGGAGCUGGGAGGCCUCUGUGCCCAUCGAGGAGUCAGAGUGGAGGCUGCGGACUGUGGAGCCGGGAGCCGGCAGUGAGCCCAGAGGUCUCCACCCCACGGAAGGAAGGUUGAGGCCAAGACCCCGGAAGAGAUGGACCGCGUGACCAGAUACCCCAUCCUGGGCAUCCCGCAGGCACACCGUGGCACCGGCCUGGUGCUGGAUGGAGACACCAGCUACACAUACCAUCUGGUGUGCACGGGCCCCGAGGCCAGCGGCUGGGGCCAGGAUGAGCCGCAGACGUGGCCCACUGACCACAGGGCCCAGCAGGGCGUGCAGAGGCAGGGGGUGUCCUACAGCGUGCAUGCCUACCCUGGCCAGCCGUCCCCACGGGGGCUCCACUCGGAGAACAGGGAGGAUGAGGGUUGGAAGGUUUACCGCCUGGGUGCCAGGGAUGCCCACCAGGGACGUCCAACAUGGGCACUCCGCCCAGAGGACGGGGAGGACGAGGAGAUGAAGACCUACCGCCUGGAUGCUGGGGACGCUGACCCCAGGAGGCUGUGUGACCUGGAGCGGGAGCGCUGGGCCAUCAUCCAGGGCCAGGCAGUCAGGAAGAGCGGCACCGUGGCCACGCUCCAGGGCACUCCUGACCACGGAGACCCCAGGACCCCCGGCCCACCUCGGUCCACGCCCCUGGAGGAGAACGUGGUUGACAGGGAGCAGAUUGACUUCCUGGCAGCGAGACAGCAGUUCCUGAGUCUGGAGCAGGCGAACAAGGGGGUCCCUCAUAGCUCCCCGGCCAGGGGGACCCCCGCAGGCACAACCCCAGGGGCCAGCCAGGCCCCCAAGGCCUUCAACAAGCCCCACCUGGCCAACGGGCACGUGGUUCCCAUCAAGCCCCAGGUGAAGGGGGUGGUCAGGGAAGAGAACAAGGUGCGUGCUGUGCCCACCUGGGCCAGUGUCCAAGUUGUGGAUGACCCUGGCUCCUUGGCCUCAGUGGAGUCCCCGGGGACCCCCAAGGAGACGCCCAUCGAGCGGGAGAUCCGUCUGGCUCAGGAGCGUGAGGCAGACCUGCGAGAGCAGAGGGGGCUUCGGCAGGCAACCGACCACCAGGAGCUGGUGGAAAUCCCCACCAGGCCACUGCUGACCAAGCUGAGCCUGAUCACAGCCCCACGGCGGGAGAGAGGGCGCCUGUCCCUCUACGUGCAGCGGGACAUAGUACAGGAGACACAGCGUGAGGAAGACCACCGGCGGGAGGGCCUGCAUGUGGGCCGGGCGUCCACACCCGACUGGGUCUCGGAGGGUCCCCAGCCCGGACUCCGGAGAGCCCUCAGCUCAGAUUCCAUCCUCAGCCCGGCCCCAGAUGCCCGUGCGGCCGACCCAGCUGCAGAAGUGAGGAAGGUGAACCGCAUCCCACCUGAUGCCUACCAGCCUUACCUGAGCCCCGGGACCCCCCAGCUAGAAUUCUCAGCCUUCGGAGCAUUCGGCAAGCCCAGCAGUCUCUCCACAGCGGAGGCCAAGGCUGCGACUUCACCAAAGGCCACGACGUCCCCAAGGCAUCUCUCAGAAUCCUCUGGAAAACCCCUGAGCACAAAGCAAGAGGCAUCGAAGCCCCCUCGGGGAUCCCCGCAAGCCAACAGGGGUGUCGUGCGGUGGGAGUACUUCCGCCUGCGUCCUCUGCGGUUCAGGGCCCCAGACGAGCCCCAGCAGGCCCAAGUCCCCCAUGUCUGGGGCUGGGAGGUGGCCGGGGCCCCCGCGCUGAGGCUGCAGAAGUCCCAGUCGUCUGAUCUGCUGGAAAGGGAGAGGGAGAGCGUCCUGCGCCGGGAGCAAGAGGUGGCAGAGGAGCGGAGGAAUGCUCUCUUCCCAGAGGUCUUCUCCCCAACGCCAGAUGAGAACUCUGACCAGAACUCCAGGAGCUCCUCCCAGGCAUCCGGCAUCACGGGCAGUUACUCGGUGUCUGAGUCUCCCUUCUUCAGCCCCAUCCACCUACACUCAAGCGUGGCGUGGACAGUGGAAGAUCCAGUGGACAGUGCUCCUCCCGGGCAGAGAAAGAAGGAGCAAUGGUAUGCUGGCAUCAACCCCUCGGACGGUAUCAACUCAGAGGUCCUGGAAGCCAUACGGGUGACCCGUCACAAGAACGCCAUGGCAGAGCGCUGGGAAUCCCGCAUCUACGCCAGUGAGGAGGAUGACUGAGCCUCGGGAUGGGGCGCCCACCCCCUGCCCUGCCCUGACCCUCGUGGGAACUGCCAAGAGCAUCGCCAAGCCCCCACCCUAGGAAAUGGGUCCUAGAUCCAGGAUCCAAGAACCACAGCUCAUCUGCCAACAAUCCCGCCGUGGGUGCAUUUGGGACUGUUGGGUUUUUCGUUUCCGUUUCUAUCUUCCUUUAGAAUUGUUUCUGCCUUUGGGGUCUAAAGCUUUUGGGGAUGAAAUGGGACCCCUGCUGAUUCUUUCUGCUUCUAAGACUUUGCCAAAUGCUCUGGGUCUAAGAAAGAAAGAGACCCGCUCCUCCACUUUCAGGUGUAAUUUGCUUCUGCUAGUCUGAGGGCAGAGGGACCGGUCAAAGAGGGUGGCACAGAUCGCAGCACCUUGAGGGGCUGCGGGUCUGAGGGAGGAGACACUCAGCUCCUCCCUCUGAGAAGUCCCAAGCUGAGAGGGGAGACCUGCCCCUUUCCAACCCUGGGAAACCAUCCAGUCUGAGGGAGGAGGCCAAACUCCCAGUGCUGGGGGUCCCUGUGCAGCCCUCAAACCCUUCACCUUGGUGCACCCAGCCACACCUGGUGGGCACAAAGCUCUCACAUCGAUAGGAUCCCAUGAGGAUGGUGCCCUUCACCUGGGAGAAAAGUGACCCAGUUUAGGAGCUGGAGGGGGUCUUUGUCCCACACCCCCAAACUGCCCUGAAAUAAACCUGGAGUGAGCUGCC